CGGAAGUAAAAAUGCAGGGCCGGAAGUCCCGCCCCUAGCCAGACGGCGUGGUCAACACUGGCUCAGGUUCUUCCGGGUCUGCGGUCUGUUGGGUAUUUGCGGUUCAGAAGUACCGGUUUCCGUGUCCCAAGGCUUGGCAGGGGGACGCCUGCGGAAACACGCGGACCCCAACAUCUGGCGCAGCGAGCAGGGUUUGUGGCUCCAAGAGAGCAAGGAACCGGAGGGGGCACACCCCGGUGCCAUGGCGAAGAGGAGCCGAUCCGAAGAGUUCCUGAAGGAAUUCCAGGUCCUAAUGAGCGCUCAGAGAACAUUCACCUUCGGAACUCAACGUGCAGAGCCUCCGACAUGGGGACAGCUGAAAAAGCUCACUCAGGAAGCUGAAGGGGUUGUUCAGCAAGCUGGACAACCAAAAACGCCACUGACUUUAUUUUUGGCUAUGCUGGCUGUAGUGAAUUGCCAGUCUGCUGGAGAUGGUGUCAGAGGUCAAACACUGGGUCCCAGCGAGCCCAACAUGUGAUGAUGGUUUUAAAAGAAAUUCAAACCUGUAAAUAAAGAAGGGGGAGAUGUAGAGGACUAGGUGCUCGCAAACGAGAUGUUCCCGAUAAGUCCUGCUCUUGCAAACAAAGCAGGACGUUCCUUCUCUGCAAACAGGAAGAACAAAGGAAUCAGCUGCAAACAGCAGACUCUGGGAACUAGUUAAUGUUUAAGCGUCUUGAGAAAUCAGAAAGUCAGGGAAAGGUCAGAAAAACAGCUCGUGUCUUGUGACGUGGUAAAAUUCCACAAACGGUUGUAUAAAAUAAAGCAGAGCUUGCCGUUCGGCAUAGCCGCCA